CUACAGUUGCAACUGCAGAGAUGGGUAGCAUUCAUUUCUCUUUGAAAAUAUUUGUAUCUAACUAGCCACAUACCACAUAAUAUUGGUACUCUCAUAUUGUCUUUAGAACAUUUCAACAUAUAUAGUAGGUACUGGACUCCAUCUACAUACGUAAAAUCAUUCAAGAAAUCCAGCUCACUUCUGUGAACAUUCUUCAUCAAUGGAAUCGUGCGGCAUUAAUCAGUUUCUUGAAGGCAAGACCAUUUUCAUCGCUGGUGCAACUGGCUACCUAGCAAAGAUUCUCAUCGAGAAGAUACUCCGUGUCCAGCCAAAUGUGAAGAAGCUCUACUUGCUAAUUAGAGCUCCAGAUUCAAAUUUAGCUAAAGAGCGUUUUAACAACGAGGUUAUAAAGACAGAUCUGUUUGGAGUUCUAAGGAAGAAAUUGGGUGCCAACUUACAGGCCCUUAUAGAAGACAGAGUUUUCCUAGUUGCUGGUGAUAUAGCUUGUGAUAAUUUGGGGAUAAAUUCUGAGCUGAAAAAUGAGAUGUUCAAAGAAAUAGACAUAAUUGUAAACUCAGCUGCUGCAACUAGAUUUGAUGAAAGAUAUGAUACUGCAAUAAGGACCAAUACACUGGGUGCCCUGAAUAUUCUUAAGUUUUCCAAACAGUGCUCAAAACUAAAUAUGCUUCUCCAUAUUAGCACAGCUUAUGUUUGUGGAGAAAAUGAUGGAUUGAUACUAGAGAAACCAUUGCACUAUGGUGAGACGCUUAAUGGAGGCUCUCAAUUGGACAUAGAAGUGGAGCAAAAGGUUGUAGAGGAGACACUAAACGACCUUAAAGCUAGGAAUGCCGCUGAAAAGGAAGUAACUUUAGCUAUGAGAGCUCUAGGUAUUGAGAGGGCAAAGAUACAUGGAUGGCCAAACACAUACACGUUCACAAAAGCAAUGGGAGAGAUGCUUUUAGGACACUUAAAGGAGGAUCUCCAACUCAUAAUCCUACGGCCAACAAUUAUAUUAAGCACCUACAAGGAACCAUUCCCCGGAUGGAUUGAAGGAAUGAGAACCGCGGACACCUUCAUUGUUGCCUAUGGUAAAGGAAAACAGAAUGUUAUCAUGGGAGAUAAAGAAUCGAUAAUAGAUGUGAUUCCAGCUGAUAUGGUAGUGAACUCAAUCAUCGCGGCUAUGGUAGCCCAUAGAAAUUGCUCUUCCCAUUCAACUACUGUUUACCAUAUUAGCUCCUCUAGGAGGAAUCAACUAAAUAUUGGUGAUACUAUACAAUUUUCCGUUGAUUACUUCAAGAAGAAUCGGUGGAUUGACGAAAGAGGGAAGCCGGUCAAACUAAAGAAAGUUCGUACACUGGAUAGCAUGGCUAGCCUUCAUAAAUACAUGACAAUCUACUACAAGCCAUUAUUAAAGAUAUUAGAGUGGGCAAACUUGAUACUUUGCCAACUUUUCCAAAAGCUGCAUACAGACUUGGAAAGAAGGAACAAUCUCGUCAUUCGACUAGCUGAACUCUACAAGCCCUACGUGUUCUUCAAAGGAGUUUUCGAUGAUACUAACGCUGAGAUGUUGCUAAUGGUAACAAAAGAAAGUAAUGCAGAUGAUACGUUUAAUUUUGAUCCAACAACUAUUCAGUGGGAAAAAUACUUUAAGGAAAUUCAUAUUCCCGGAUUAGUGAAGUACAUCUUUUAAGAAGGACGAAUUACGCGAAUAAAGGAGGAUGAUAUGCUACUCUGCUUAAAGUUAUGUUGGCAGUAUUAAAUUCUAAAUAAGAGGUCGAUAUGUACUCUGCUUAGCUAUUGUUUCUUCUUAAAUUCCAUUAUGUAAUUUUGUACGUGACUAAGUCAGUUCAAGAAAAUAUUGACAUUAGUAAAAAUAGGCAUUGCCAUGAAGUUUCAAAAUAAUGUCCUGGAAUUUAGAGUUA